AUGUCUCACUUCGGAAGGUCAGGCCCUCCAGACAUCUCCGACACCUACUCCCUCCUCGUCCUUAACAUCACUUUUCGUACAACCGCCGACGACCUAUUUCCGCUCUUUGAUAAGUACGGCAAGGUCGUUGACAUCUUCAUCCCCAAAGAUCGAAGAACCGGUGAGUCGAGGGGUUUCGCUUUUGUGCGUUACAAGUAUGCUGAUGAAGCUUCCAAGGCCGUUGAUAGGCUCGACGGAAGAAUGGUUGAUGGCCGUGAAAUAACUGUCCAAUUUGCAAAAUAUGGACCUAAUGCUGAGAGGAUUCAGAAAGGAAGGAUUAUUGAAACAUCUCCGAGAUCAAAGACCUCAAGGAGCCGCAGUCCCAGCAGGAGAAGGCAUCGUGAUGAUUACAGAGACAAGGAUUAUAGGAGGAGAAGUCGCAGCAGGAGUUAUGACAGGCAUGAACGUGACAGGUAUCGCGGAAGAGACAGGGACAGUCGUCGCCGAAGCAGAAGCCGUAGUGCUAGUCCUGGUUACAAGGGCCGUGGGAGGGGGCGCCAUGAUGAUGAGCGUCAUAGUAGAAGCCGGAGCAGAUCAGUGGACAGCCGCUCCCCUGCCCGACGCAGUCCUAGUCCUAGAAAGAGCCCUUCUCCUAACAAGAUGUCUCACCACGAGGUCGCCAUGAUGCUUCCCGAAGCCCAUCCCCUCGAAAUUCAAAUGGUGAUGAAUAAGCUGUUUUUCUUGAAAUGUGAUGGUAUUAUCAGAGUCUUGGUAACAAUUUAUGAUCUAAGUGCAGUUUGUUAUGAUCGGGAAAAGUGA